AUGGCUCUCGUAGCCGUGACAGAUGAGCAACUAUUCCCGCCAAAGUGCUGCGCGAAAGAGAUACCACAGGAGACCGUCGUCUCUAAACUGAGGAGAAAGGAGAAAGCCUUGUAUGCUUACAAGCUACAAGAGUAUGCGACACCCAAGGCAGAACGCCGGUAUUGCCCAGCGCUCGGUUGCGGUAGAUGGAUCCCGCUCGACAAAUUGAAUAGCUCUUCCCCAACGCAGAAUUGCCCGUACUGCAACACUGCCAUUUGCUCAUGCUGUCACAAUGCUGCCCAUGGCUCUCAGGAAUGUCCGUUUGACCAUGGGCUGACGGCAUUCAUCGAACUUGCUCAGAUGGAAGGCUGGCAGAGAUGCUAUAACUGUGGGGAAGUAGUCGAGCGGGAAUCUGGCUGCGACCAUAUAGUCUGUCGAUGCGGCGCGCAAUUCUGCUAUAACUGUGGAAAACCAUGGAUUACGUGCUGUUGUAGCGGCUCAGGAAAAGGACGGACUAGACCUUUCCAGGCUGAUGGCAACGGUUUGACAGUAGAGGAAAUCGCUGAACUUUCGGUGAUGGUAACUGCUGUAGUCCAUGCCGAACGGGAGCUGGAGAUAGAGAGGCUCGCGAACGAGAGACAGAAACAUCAAACAGGCUGGUUGAACGGUCGAUUCUGA